UUUAUGUAUGAAAAGGAUAUACUACUCAAUAAAGGUUGAAUCUACCACAGAAAAAAUAAAAUAAGUGAAAGUCAAAGAAAAAAGAAGACACCAAAUCUGUAUUGGGUCAACAUUUUUGCUUUAAAAAUUCAAGAUUUUUUCUUUCUGCAAGCUUUCCUACAAUGUUUUGAACUCAUCAAAUAUUGUGGCAGAAGAUUGUUUCAAAGUGUUGACUAUUCUCCAAUGCAUUAUUGGCUUUUAACAACAAACAACCUAAGAGGAAUGAUUAUAUUAUCAUCUGCAGCAAUUUUUUUUUCUUUCUGGCAGAAAAUAUGACAUCUUUAGCCAAUUCCAUGUUCUUCCUCAUCUUGACCUUAUUCUGUAGCCAAACAUGUAUCAUUAACUUUUCAUCUUUAGCUGCAAUCACUUCAAUCAAGCCUGGUGAUGUACUCAAUAAUUCACAGGUACUUGAUUCAGAAGGUGGAAAAUUCAAGCUAGGAUUUUUCUUUAUCCCACAAACAAAUAAAACUUAUCUUGGAAUAUGGUAUGCUGCAGGUGAUCGAUCUGGGAGGAAAUUAUGGAUAGCCAAUCCAAAUACACCUAUACUGAACAACUCAGGAUUGCUCACAUUAGAUUCUACAGGAACAUUAAAAAUAACCAGCGGAGGAAAGACAGUUGUGAAUAUUUCCCCUCCUUUGUUGACAGGAAAUUUAGUAGGUAGGCUUCAGGACUCUGGAAAUUUUGUGCUUCAGGAUGAAACUCGAAACACUACUUUAUGGCAAAGCUUUGAUCAUCCUACAAGUUGUCUUCUGCCUGGUAUGAAGCUUGGUUAUAACCUUACUACAAAGCAGAAUUGGACUUUAACUUCUUGGUUGAGUAGUUAUAUUCCGGCCUCGGGGGCUUUUACUUUAAGUUUGGAGUCCAUUCAAGAUGCAUUUCAGUUGGUUAUUCGUCGAAGGGGUAAGGUUUACUGGACUAGUGGGGCUUGGAACAAUCAAGGUUUUCCAUUCUUACCUUGGUUCCGUGAUUCUUCUACUAAUGAUACAAUUACUAUUUAUCAGUACAAUCUCAACUUGGUAUCAGACAAAGAUGGGAUGGUCUUCCAAUUUGAUACUACAGAGGGAAUCUUCCACACAGAGGGAAGCUUCCCAAGUCUUGAGUUGAAUUCAGACGGAGCUAUUGUUGCCGGAGAUAAUAUUAUAUACACCAUUUAUAAUAAGUUCUGUUAUGGUUAUGAAAGUGACGAUGGUUGUGUCUCUACUCAGUUGCCUGUGUGCCGAAAGGGUGGUGAUAAAUUUGAGCAAAAGAGAGGAGACUUUAUAGAUAUAUCUGGUACUACUACCAAUUAUUAUGCUAAUGCAAGCAUUAGUCUUGGUGAUUGUAUGCAGAAAUGCUGGGAGCACUGCAGUUGUGUUGGAUUCACCACUCUCAGCAGCAAUGGGACAGGCUGCCUGAUUUGGAACGGAAAGAGGGACUUUAGAGUCGAUGAGAGUGGUAAUGCAGUGCAAAGAUAUGUUCUGGUUUCACCAAAAUCAUCUAAAGGAAAAACUUGGAUAUGGAUAGUAAUUGCUUUAGCUAUAUUUGUCACUUUGCUAAUAUCUGGUCUCAUAUUCUACAUUAUAAUGAGAAGACGCAAACUACAAGAUAAGAAAAGAAAGGAGGAAGAGUAUAUACGUGAGUUGACAGCAUCAGAUAGCUUCAAUGACACUAAUUUGAAGGAGAAAUGGAAGGAAGUACAAGAUUUGAAGAUAUUUGGCAUUGGGUUCAUAUUGGCAGCCACAAACAACUUCUCGAGUGAAAAGAAGCUCGAGGGUGGUUUUGGGCCUGUUUAUAAGGGAAAAUUUCCAGAUGGGAGAGAGGUGGCAAUCAAGAGACUUUCAAGAACAUCAAGUCAAGGGCUUGUAGAGUUCAAGAAUGAGCUCAUACUAAUUGCCAAAGUUCAGCAUACAAAUCUAGUUCGAGUUAUAGGAUGUUGUAUCCAUGGAGAUGAAAAGAUGUUGAUAUAUGAGUAUAUGCCCAAUAAGAGCUUGGACUUCUUCCUAUUUGAUCCUGCAAGAAAGGAGCUACUGGAUUGCCAGAAACGUUUUGAGAUUAUAGAAGGAAUUUCUCAAGGAUUGCUCUAUCUUCAUAAAUACUCAAGAAUGAGAGUGAUACAUAGAGAUCUAAAAGCUAGUAAUGUGCUCUUGGAUGAAAACAUGAAUCCUAAGAUAGCUGAUUUCGGAUUGGCGAGAAUAUUCAAACAGAACGAGACGGAGGCAGUGACUGGCAGGGUUGUAGGAACAUAUGGUUACAUGGCUCCCGAGUUCGCCAUGGGAGGAGCGUUCUCAAUCAAGUCUGACAUCUUCAGCUUUGGAGUCUUAGUGCUGGAAAUUGUAAGUGGUAGGAGAAAUACUAGCUUACAGCAAGUCGAUCGUCCGCUGAACUUAAUAGGAUAUGCAUGGGAAUUGUGGAAAGAAGGGUGUGCAUUAGAAUUGAAGGAUCCAGCUCUUGGAGAUCUUUGUUACACUAAACAGCUAUUACGAGUUAUUCAUAAAGGAAUGAUCAUAUUAUUACCUGCAGCAGCUUUUUUUUUCAUUCUAGCUGUCAAAAUGAAUAAUUUAGCCAAUUCCAUUUUCUUCCUCUUCUUGACCUUAUUCUGCAGCCAAACAUGUAUCAUUCUUCCAUCUGUAGAUGCAAUAACCUCAAUGAAGCCUGGUGAUGAGUUGAAUCACUCACAGGUACUUGACUCAGAAGGUGGAAAAUUCAAGUUAGGAUUUUUCACUAUCUCACAAACGGAUAACAACUAUCUUGGAAUAUGGUAUGCAGGUGAUCCAGUAGAGAAAAAAUUAUGGAUAGCAAAUCCAAACACACCUAUAUUGAACAACUCAGGAUUGCUCACAUUAGACUCUACAGGAACAUUGAAAAUCACCAGCAGAGGGAAGACAGUAGUGAAUAUUGCCCCUCCUUUAUUGAAAGGAAGUUUAAUAGCUAGGCUUCAAGAUUCUGGAAAUUUUGUGGUUCAGGAUGAAACUCGAAACACAACUUUAUGGAAAAGCUUCGAUCAUCCUACCAGUUGUCUUUUGCCUGGUAUGAAGCUUGGUUAUAACCUUACCACAAGGCAUAAUUGGACUCUAACUUCUUGGUUGGUUAGUAGUAUAAUUCCUGCCUCAGGGGCUUUUACUUUAGGUUUGGAGACCAUUCAAGAUGCAUUUCAGUUGGUUGUUCGUCAAAGGGGCGAGGUUUAUUGGACUAGUGGGGCUUGGAACAAUCAAGGUUUUUCAUUCUUACCUUCGUUCCAUGAUUCUGCUACUAUUUAUCAGUACAAGCUCAACUUGAUAUCCGAUACAGAUGGGAUGUUCUUCCAAUUUGAGGCUACAGAGGGAAGUUUCCCAAGUCUUGAGUUGUUUUCAGAUGGAGCUAUUGUUGCUGGAGAUAGUCGUAUAUAUACCCCUUCUAAUAAGUUCUGUUAUGGUUAUGAAAGUGACGACGGUUGUGUCUCUACUCAGUUGCCUGUGUGCCGCAAGGGUGGUGAUAAAUUUGAGCAAAAGAGAGGAGACUUUAUAGAUAUAUCUGGUACUACUACCAAUUAUUAUGCUAAUGCAAGCAAUAGUCUUGGUGAUUGUAUGCAGAAAUGCUGGGGGCACUGCAGUUGUGCUGGAUUCACCACUCUCAGCAGCAAUGGGACAGGCUGCCUGAUUUGGAACGGAAAGAGGGACUUUAGAGUCGAUGAGAGUGGUAAUGCAGUGCAAAGAUAUGUUCUGGUUUCACCAAAAUCAUCUAAAGGAAAAACUUCGAUAUGGAUAGUAAUUGCUUUAGCUAUUUUUGUCACUUUGCUAAUAGCUGGUAUCAUAUUCUACAUUAUAAUGAGAAGACGCAAACUACAAGAUAAGAAAAGAGAGGAGGAAGAGUAUAUACGAGAGUUGACAGCAUCAGAUAGCUUCAAUGACACUAAUUUGAAGGGAGAAGAUGGAAGGGAAGUACAAGAUUUGAAGAUAUUUGGCUUUGGGUUCAUAUUGGCAGCCACAAACAACUUCUCGAGUGAAAAGAAGCUCGGCGAGGGUGGUUUUGGGCCUGUUUAUAAGGGAAAAUUUCCAGAUGGGAGAGAGGUGGCAAUCAAGAGACUUUCAAGAACAUCAGGUCAAGGGCUUGUAGAGUUCAAGAAUGAGCUCAUACUAAUUGCCAAAGUUCAGCAUAUAAAUCUAGUUCGAGUUCUAGGAUGUUGUAUCCAUGGAGAUGAAAAGAUGUUGAUAUAUGAGUAUAUGCCCAAUAAGAGCUUGGACUUCUUCCUAUUUGAUCCUGCAAGAAAGGAGCUACUGGAUUGCCAGAAACGUUUUGAGAUUAUAGAAGGAAUUUCUCAAGGAUUGCUCUAUCUUCAUAAAUACUCAAGAAUGAGAGUGAUACAUAGAGAUCUAAAAGCUAGUAAUGUGCUUUUGGAUGAAAACAUGAAUCCUAAGAUAGCUGAUUUCGGAUUGGCGAGAAUAUUCAAACAGAACGAGACGGAGGCAGUGACUGGCAGGGUUGUAGGAACAUAUGGUUACAUGGCUCCCGAGUUCGCCAUGAGAGGAGCGUUCUCAAUCAAGUCUGACAUCUUCAGCUUUGGAGUCUUAGUGCUGGAAAUCGUAAGUGGUAGGAGAAAUACUAGCUUACAGCAAGUCGAUCGUCCGCUGAACUUAAUAGGAUAUGCAUGGGAAUUGUGGAAAGAAGGGUGUGCAUUAGAAUUGAAGGAUCCAACUCUUGGAGAUCUUUGUGACACUAAACAGCUAUUACGAGUUAUUCAUGUAGGACUUUUAUGUGUACAAGAAAGUGCACAAGAUAGGCCAACAACGUCUGACAUUAUAUCAAUGUUCAGUAAUGAAAGUAUGCAACUGCCCACCCCAAAACAUCCAGCGUUUUUCACAGGAAGAGAUGAAGCUGAAUCAAAUUCAUCUAGAACCAAAGCAGAACAAUGUUCGAUUAAUGAUUUGUCCAUCACUGUCCUUGAAGCCAGAUAAGAUUUCUGAUCCAUUUUGUUGCUGUAAUCGGAUUGCACAUAGAUCAUCGAUUAAUUUUGAUCUGCUCGUGGUGCAGAACUCAGUAACUGUACAAGAAAAACAUGUUUCCUUGUGAUAUAAAUUCAUUCAACUUUUAUUGUGAAAUAA